UAGAAGCGAUUCAAGUGAAAAGGAAAAUAUAAUCGUGAAGAAAGAAUGAUUAAAAAGAGAAGACUACUAGAGCGACCCAGAGAGGACGAAUCACAACCAAGCGAUAUUCCUCAUGAGCUAACCAUGGAGAUACUCUCAAGGUUUUCUGUGAAAUCAAUCGUGAGAUUUGGAUGUGUCUCGAAGCUAUGGUCCUCUCUAACCAGACUUCCCGGUUUUAAUAACUUGUUCAUGUCUUCAAGGAAGCCGCGUCUUCUGGUCACCUUCUCAACAGGAUUGAAGCAAUAUGGUAUAUUGUUUCCUCAACACCAGAACCCUGACGGGUCUUAUCCUCCGUUCUACAGUUUUCAUAUUAACAACAUUAAUGAGCCGACAUAUGCUCUUUCCAAGAGCGUUUGGGGAUUGAUUUUACUACCCGGAUUCAAAAUUUGGAACCCAACCGUGAGGAGGUUUUCAGCCUUACCACAUCCCAAUGAACACAUCCCGACUGAAAAUUGUAAGUCUUUUUUAGGAUACGAUCCGUUGGAGGGUAAACACAAAGUUCUCUGUAUAUUACAUUCCGAGGACGUAAGGGUCCUUACCCUGGGAGCUCAAGAAUCAUGGAGAAUAUUAACCAAAGGUAUCCCUAAGCAUCAUCCGAGAGGAUAUGGCCGAUGCUUCAAUGGAAUUUUGUAUUAUAAAGCUUGUCUUCUUGAUGAUGAUAAGAAUAUUAUAAUGAGCUUUGAUGUCAAGUCCGAAAGUUUCAGUCCGAUAAAACAUCCUAAGGAUCUUUCUUUUGAUAUGAUACCUUAUAAGGGAAGGCUAGCCUUGGUUACUUAUGAAUAUAACUUAAGUAAAGUUGAUAUCUACAUUUUGGAGGAUGCAGAUGGACACGAAUGGACACGUCAAAGCUUUCUUAACAUAAUUUGUAAAAGCAAAUUAAGGGGGAAUCCUGUGGUUUUCAAGGGUAUUACUGAUGAUGGUGAGCUUGUUUUUACACCAUCUACGUUGUCGGAAUCGUACUGUAUUCUAUAUUUCGAUCCUAGUAAAAAUAGUACUAGAGAAGCCUUGUUUGAAGGAGUUAUGGGUGAGACUAGGCGUUGUUGUGGAAUUGCUACCAAAUAUAUGCACAUUAUCGAUGUUUUCCCAAAUCACAUCGAUAGUCUUGUAUCUUUGUAAAGCAGUUUAUUCUAUCGCUUAAUGCUAUGU